GGCGAUAGUAACGUGCGAAUAAGUUAAAAAAUGAACUACUUCUACUAAAAAUUGCCUCUUCUCUACCUUCCUCCUGUGUAUUCACUUCAAAAAGCAGCAUCUAACAUCUAGGAGCGCCGCGCCCAGUCAUGCAUGUCAUGGCAUCUCAGGAUCCCAAAGUUGAUUCUUCAAAACCCACAUAUGUGGAGUUCGAUUGCCCGACCUUUAGACAUUUUUUCGCAGGCGUGUGGGGCGGGACAGAGGACAUUAGGAACAGGUACAGAAACACCACCGAAAAAAGGAAGAGCGACAUAGCACCUGCGACGUCGCAUCACUACAGUUGUCGACUCUCUUGCGCAGCGAGGAUGGAGACAACUCGGUGGUGUGACUCGCCGCCUGCUGACCAUGUGAACAACUGUAGCAUGUCACGAGGAGAAGGAGACAGUGAUCUGGAGCCGAGAGGCAAAGGAGUCGGAUGGCAUUUACGAACCACGAGUCACGAACUGCGACAAAACAUGGAUGACGAGCCUGGAUCAAUUCUACCUCCGAUCUGAAGUUGUCUAUGAUGAGUUUCGCCGUUUUUUGCUUGUGAUUUGUAUAUAAAAAAAAAAAAAAAACAAAAAAUGCAGUCUCGUGCUGCUGUUGCCGUGAAGAUCAUGUCCUCCCGCGGCCACUUCAUCCGCACAACAAGAAGAACAAGCUUUCUGUCGGCAGUGAGAAAAAUGUUGAAACACGUCGUGGUCCUCUUUUUCUUGCCGCAUGAUCAAGACCUUCACUGGACAGCGUGCAAUAUUUUUUCGCCCGCACAAAUAAAAAUACACCAAGUGGCCGCCAUGGAGAUGGGGGCCUCGUCCAAGUCGAAAAGUCAGAAGGCGAAGACCGCAGCGCACCAGAUGUUGAAAAGGUCGACGUCCACAGCAUCUUCCAAGACCGCAAAAAUGGAAAGAACUACCACGAAGAAGAAUUCCCUAUCCACGUCCUCCACGACCGGGCGUGCAGCUUCGGGGAUGAUGAGCUUGAGCAAGCAGAAGCAGACAAGUACCUCCCACCAGCAAAUAAAGUUAGCAUCUUCAUCGAGGCAACUAUCACAACGAAAAGUGUUACCGUUGACGGAAUUUGUGAUGCAGUAAUGCACCAGAAAACAAGCUGCCCAAAUUUGUAUUGCGUAGCAUGCAUGGAAGGCAAAAUUUGUAAUGCGUGACUGCCAUCUGCGGAAACCGUUAACGUUAACACUUUUUUGUUUAAUAGCAACUCGCCCCGAUCCGGCAGCUGGAUACGAUGAGCUUUUCCCUCAAGCAAUUUGUGCAGCAGAAGCGGCAGCAUCUCAGCGAUGCGCAGUUGCAGAAGCUGUAUCGGUUGACCAAUAAUCCGAAAAAGAAUUUCGAGGAGGACGUGGCCUUGGAGCUACUGGGGGACGAGAUCGGGAAGCAGUGCCAGGAGCUGCAUGGAGGUAUCGAAAGGAAAAAUCCCCCCUCCCCAUAUCAAAACGGAAUUUCUGAUGCUGGAUUUGUGUACACAAAUCAGGUUUGUAUUGCAGAGAGGCACUGCGGCCAAAUCCCCAUGCUAGGUAGGGGCGUAUGGGUCUAGUUGUUCAGCAUGGCAAGCGGGUCACUUUUAGGGCCAACAGCAUGGCAAACCCCUUCCAUAGUGGGGCGGAAGCUUCUGCCCUUGUCUUCUUGCAAGACAAAUGUGAUUUGUGACCUCAAAUCAGCAACACAAAUUUUCGGAAACAUACCUUUUCGAUAUGGGGGGGGGAUUUUUCCCCGGGAUAGGAGGUAGCACAGCAUCUUCCUCCGGACGAGCACCACAAGGAUCAGACGACCGCUAUGGCGUUCUCAACUGUUACAUUCUCAACUGUUACAUGGAUUUGUGAUGCAAGAAAGGGAAAAGUGAAAGGGGGAGGGUUGCGCCUGUACCAUUACAAAUUCCGGACAGAUUUAGGUGCUGUGUAGCCCUAGGCAAAUUUGUCAUGCGAAGCAGCUUGAUCGCGUGGAUGAUGAUGGUGCUUUUGCAUGACAAAUUCAUGUAACAAUUGAGAAUGUAACGGCUGAGAACCCCAUAGCCGCAUGUUGCGGUCCACCACCAGCAACCAUCUUCCACAGCGGAGUAGUAGAACCAUUGACGUGGUUAUCGAAGAAAAAAACACCAUCACAAUCACAUUUAGGAGGUUUCGCAUCAGAAAUUUUUCUCGCAUGACAAAUUUUUCUUGUAUUGCAAAAACAGAAGGGUAAACCCGGAGAAAUUUUGACUGUGAUGCAUUUUAAUUUUUGCGCAUGACAAAAAUUUUUGUACUGCAAAAGCGUGCAAUAGUGAUUGUGAUGGUGUUUUUUUCUUGAAUAGUGGUCACUUUUUGGAGCAGCAAGGGCGGGGACGAAGAUCUGCGCAACCAACUCCGAUCCUAUAUGGAGUUUUCAAACGUUACAUUCCCAACUGUUUUUACCUGAAUUUGUCAUGCGAAACUACCAUCAUCAUCCACAAGAUCAAGCUGCUUCGGCGACGGUGCAAAGGUUUUCGAUGUGGUGCAGUCGGGUAUGCAUGACAAAUUUGGGAAGGGCUAAACAGAACCUAAAUAUGCGCGGGAUUUGUAAUGCAAUUUUUGCAAUCCUCCCCCUUUCGCUUUUGCCAUUCUUGCAUUACAGAUUCAGGUAACAGCUGAGAAGGAGGUAACGCUUUAGAACACCAUAUCCUACGAACGUUUCGGAGGUAGCACAGCAUCUUCCUCCGGACGAGCACCACAAGGACCAGACGACCGCAUGUUGCGGAUUAUGCCUUGGACGGUCGUUAGCGUACAGAAGGGUGAAUUUCCACUGAAUUUGUAUUGCAUGACUUGCAUUUAAGUAAGUACUUAAAAGAGAAGUGCGCUAGGUAUGGACACGAGCCCAAGCAUCCCACAUAGCGUGAAGGGCUGCUCGUCGCGUGGUGGCGCUUGCAGGACCGAAAGAAGUGGUCUUGCGGGGGCUCGCCGGGCUGUGUAGUGCGUAUGUAACCAAAGAAGGUGGAUCGGGUGGCUCUUACUCUUCUGCGCGUCUGCCUGAGAAAGUGCUCAAGGAAGUCCGCAAAUAGGCCCUGGGAAGUGGGGCCGGAGGGAAAAGACAAGCGCCCUCUGCUGCCCUCAGCCCGUCUAUAUUCUGCCGAAAAGGCCGGGAGAGUUCACACGCCUGCCGGAUAGACGCGUCAAAGCUCCCGGCCUGGUCCUUUCGCCCUUGCUCUCGCGCCUUUUUGCGUAGUUGCAUGCGUUUCGCCGCCUUUCUUUUUGGUGCUUUGCCAUGCUGCUGUAGUGCUCUGAUGCAAGCACGGGGAGGCGCAAAAAUGGCCCAAAGAACAAGAACGCCCAGGUUAUUUCUAGCUGCCCGCCGCAUGAGCCGCGACUUCGUUCUGGCGCAGCGUGCAGAACCUACUCCCCAGAAGACCAAGAGGGACAACGCAUCUGCAGUCUACUCUGCAACUUGUCAUGCAAAAUUCACUAAAGAUUCACCGCUACUCAUGCUAGCGGGUGUUAAAGCUCUAACACAGCAUCUUCCUCCGGACGAGCACCACAAGGACCAGACGACCGCAUGUUGCGGUCCACCAGCAACCAUCUUCCACAGCGGAAUAGAACCAUUGACGUCGUUAUCCAAGAAAAAAACACCAUCACAAUCACACUUAGGAGGUUUUGCAUCAGAAAUUUGUCUCGUAUGACAAAUUUUUCUUGUAUUGCAAAAACACAAAGGAAAAUCGCCUUUAACUCUUGACUGUGUGUGAUGCAUUUUUGCGCAUGACAAAAAUUUUUGUAUUGCAAAAAUGUGCAAAAGUGAUUGUGAUGGUGUUUUUUUGUUGGAUAGUCGUCACUUUUUGGAGCAGCAAGGGCGGGGACGAAGACCUCCGCAACCAACUCCGAUCCUAUAUGGAGUUCUCACACGUUACAUUCCCAACUGUUACAUGAAUUUGUCAUGCGAAACUACCAUCAUGAUCCACAAGAUCAAGCUGCUUCGCAUGACAAAUUUGCGAAGGGCUAAACAGGACCUAAAUCUGCGCGGGAUUUGUAAUGCAAUUUUUGCAAUCUUCCCCCUUGCGCUUUUGCCAUUCUUGCAUUACAGAUUCAUGUAACAGCUGAGAAGGUAACGGUUGAGAAUACCAUAUCCUACGAACGCUUCGGCUUGCUGAACCAGGUCGGAAGGAUUUUCAUCCUGGGAGAAGAACUGGACAAGGCGCCGGCGUGGUUGGAUGAAACCACUGUGGAGUUUGUCUCUUUGACCGACCAUACGACGGCGCACAACUCCCCCUCAGUCUCAUUUCUCAUGCAAAAUCCACAAUCCCAAUUGCUCCCUUGUCUCACUAUUAUGCAUGACAGAUUCCGGAAGCCCAAACAGUAUUACACUAGGUGCAUGAGUUUGUCAUGUACAGGCUCCAUGUGUGCUGGUGCCUGUAUUGCUGUUCAUGCAAUGCAAAUGAGGGGAACGAGACGGAGUUGUGCGCUCUCAUAGACCAGCAGAUCAAGCUCGCUAAGGCCGCUGCGGGCCGGGAUCGAAUUAAUGCAGCCGAAUCUACUUCGGAGAGCAGUAGUCAACUUCUACGCACAUCAGCUGCCCAAGAGGAUGAACAUCACCAGCGUCUGCAGGAGAGCGCAUUAUACAAUUACCAGGAACAAAAACAACAGAGCACCUCCCUGGAGGACAUGCAGCGAGAAGUUUCGGAAUCGACUUCCGCGAGGACGAAAAAGCAACUCCGUUUCGUCUAUGUAGAACCCUGUGGGAACAAAGAACAAUCACAUAACGGCGAAGUUGUGCACCAAACGAAAAGUGCUAACACUUUGUGCAAAGAGCAAGCGAUGGCGUUUCUGCCCGAUCUCAGUCCGUUUUUCCUCUUCCUAUCCUAUGUGCAAAAGCAAAUUCGAUAGUACCUAGUGAGAAAACUAUCGCAUGACAGAAUGAUAAACGGAAUUUGUCAUUAUCCAGUAGAUUCAGCUUGACCUUGAGAGAGAGAUUUAUUGUGCUUGUCAUGCAUGAUUGCGAUUACUAAUAGGCGAAGUACGAUAUUACUUUUGCAAUUCAUACUUCCUUCCCGACGACAAUUUUCUGGUGCAGGACGUUGCAGCAGCAGGAGCAGCUCCGGCGGUAGCUCCGGAAAUAAUUAUACCAAAACAGGGUGAUGAAGAAGAAGAAACUACAAGUUUGUCUACGCGGGGGGCAACGUCUUCCAAAAUAAACUUCUUCGCCAACGGCCAGAACACGUUUUUUGACAAAUAUGAAAUGCAAAAGUAUCGUACUCGUAUAAAUGCAUUACAAAUUUCCUCAGCAUGAGAGAUAAAAUCUGUAAUGCUGAUUUGCCUUGGGAACAAGAUUGUGAUGCAGGACUUGCAUUUAUUAUACGAGUGCGAUACUUGUGCACAGAAUAACAAAGCGGGCAAGCUGAUGCUGUACAAGCACGGGCGCGACGACGGCCCGCCUAUCAAAGUGAAAAAAUCCCCGUCCCCAUAUUGAAACGAAAAUUUAUGUUGCUGGAUUUGUGUACACAAAUCAGCGCUGUAUUGCAGCCAGCGCUUGCAGGCAUUUCCUAGGCCUGAUUAGGUAUGCAAAUUCAGGUUAGCACUCAGGCAUGACAGACCGCUUUGCAGUAGGCAAAAGCGCAUGACAGCUUGGCUGUGGAGUGCGCCACGCGGCUCCCAUUUGCCUCAUAUGCAAGACAAAGCUGAUUUGUGGCCGCAAAUCAGCAUCACAAAUUUCCAUUGUGAGUAUGGGGAGGGGGGAUCCUUCUCACGAUACCGCCCGGCUACUGUCUCCACCGCCCGGGGUUCGCGGAACUGCAUGGCGUAUCCUGUGCAAAAAUAUCGUACUCGUAUUGCAAUCUUGCAUUACAAAUCUUUUUCUUACGGUAAAUCAGCAUUACAAAUUUUAUUUCUCAUGCAGAGAAAUAAUUUGUAAUGCAUUUAUACGAAUACGAUAGUUUUGCAGUUCAUACAGCGUGUCAGUGUUGAGCAAGUGUGCGUUGCAGACGACCGUGGCCUUCUUCGAAAAUUUGGCGAGAUCAACGAAGACAACUACUGGCGGGAAUGUUGUAAACCCCCACGGAAGUGAAGUAGAAGACCACGACGAGGGGAAUAACGAAUCCUUUUUCAUCACGAGGACCCCAGCAAAUGAAGAGCAAGAGCACGAAGGAGAACAAGCGGUACUAGAGGGAGUACGAAGGGAAAAAAGUAGGAAAGCUAGAACUAUUUCGCCAGCAGAUCUGCACGACCAACAACUACACGACGAGAAGAUGUUGAUGAGCACGAAGGUGGAUAUAGACGACCCUGCAGGACCAGAGCAGGGCACUUCUUCUAAGCGUGGUGAGAUAGCAGAAGCAUCGGCAGAUCAAGUCACCCUUCUGCUGGAACAAGGUAAAAAAAAUCUUCACACCGCCGGAACAGCACCUAGUACCGACGGCGGAGCACCUAGUAGUACGAGCAGCGGAGAUGGAGAGGAGAGCAAUUAUCCUUCUAUUCAAGCGCCGCUGGAAGCCCGGGAACAAGUAUCGUAAGGAAAAAUCACCCCCUCCCCAUAUCGAAAAAGCAUCCUUCUGAAAAUUUGUGAUGCUGAUUUGUUUUCACAAAUCCGGUCUGUCUUGCAAGAGAGCAACGCCACCAGAGCUUCCGCCACUUUACGCAGGCGGUUUGUAAUGCUGCUGCGCCAACAGGGCAGACGUCUGCGAUGCUGAGCGCCCACCUCUAGCCAGCCCCUUCCAGGCUUUGCAUCUGCCUGCACUCCUCUACUGCAAGACAUACACAAAUCCCGCAACACAGAUUACCACUUUGAUAUGGGGAGGGGGGAUUUUUCAUGUUGAUAACAAGAUGACAGAAACUCCUACGCCGACUUCAAUCCGGUUUGUAUCGCCGGCCACGCGAUGCAAAUCGGCUGCGCGGAUUGCCUGUCCGAGAACCGGUUCCGACUACUCAACGAGAACAACCUCUUUCACUUGUGUCACAGCCGUGGCGUAUCAAAUGCAAAAAUGUCUGGGUCUGGAAACUUGUGAUGCUGAGUGGCGUAUCAGGAGGAGGCCACAAGUGCUGGCGCAGCAUGACAACUUUCUGAGCUUCUAGGUGUUGCCUAGUCUGCAUGACAAACUGCGUUUCUGCAUGACAGAACAACUGGGCACUUUGGCAACGUGCAUGACAGAUUUAAGAGUCAACAUCCCAGACAAGCAUGACAAACAUGCAUUCUUCCAGACCCAGACAUUUUUGCAUUUGAUAUGGCGCGGCGAACGAUUGUGACCCGGCGGAGGUCGUGAAGCGGAAGAAAACGUUUUUCAUGAAUAUUCAAGGCAAGGGAAUCAGCAAGGAGUACGGAGAUGUGCCGGAGAAGAAAUUCUCGACCUAUGAACUGCAAAAGUAUCAUACUCGUAUAAAUGCAUUACAAAUUUCCUCAGCAUGAGAAAUAAAAUUUGUAAUGCGGAUUUGCCUUAUGAAAAAGAUUUGUAAUGGAAGACUUGCAUUUAUACGAGUACGAUGCUUUUGCACAGGAUACGACCUUUUUCCAAACCAUGUUUCCAAAACCGUCCAGGUUCGAUAUCCUGAGGAAAAAUGUCCCCCCACCAGAGUAGAGAUGGGAAAUCUGCUAGACAAAUCAACCAGCUUUGGCUGUUUCGCAUGACAAGAAGUCUACCCUCGUAGUGUAAUCCUGUUUAGCUAGUUCGGAAGCGUCGCAGAUCUAGCAUAUCAUGCUGAUACUAGCAUCACAAAUUUCAAAACACGGCGGGAGCAUGUCUCUCAUGGGGCUCCAAUUGAGAAACUUUUCUGGCGUGCAGAUUUGCAUGACAGCUCUGGGGUGGGGACGUUUUUACUCAGAAUAUUCGAGAAAAAGGAAAAAAUUGAAGCCAUCCGGAAGAAAACCAGGCAACAAGGAGAGCACGAAAGCAACCAUACAGGUCGUUCUUUCCAGUCCUUUGUGCGCGAUAUGCAUUGCAGAUACCGAUCUGGGUCUGGAACUACACACUGCAACUUGUCAUGCUAAGUCUGCAUCGUGCAAAAAUCUGUUUUGCGUGAAGAUCUUUACCAAAAUUUGGCCACUUCUGACCUGCAAGUUUAGCGGGAGUUCUUUUUCAUGCAGGAUCGAUAGGCAUUGGCAUGAUAUAGGCCUCGCAGAGUCUGUCAUGCUGGGUCCUGCAUUCCACACCUCACGAGUCAUGAAAAAUCUGCACGACGAGUAUUGCAAUCUUCCAGUAGACCCAGACAUGUAUGUCUUUGAUACGCAAACAGGGAAGGCAAUUCUCGGAUUUCGUCGCUAACCAAGCGAUACGGGCUAUGGCGUUCUCAACUGUUACAUUCUCAACUGUUACAUGAAUUUGUGACGCAAGAAUGGCAAAAGUCGAAGGGGUGGCCUUGCGCGUCUAGCAUGACAGAUUUGGCACAGAUUUUCAGCCUGUUUGGCUCUUCGAGAAUUUGUGAUGCGGAGCAGCUUGAUCGUAUCAAUUCUAAUUGUGAUUUUGCAUGACAAAUCAUGUAACAGUUGAGAAUGUAACGUUUGAGAACGCCAUACGGGCGAGGGACCUUCUCAGCUUCUUUGUUCAUGAAGUGCUGUAUCAAAUGCAAAAGUGUCUGGGUCUGGAAGAUUCGGAGAUUUGUCAUGCAGUUUUUCCAAGCUCCACCAAGUCUGGACUGCAGGAGGACCUAGCAUCUUCACAGGAUCUGCAGCUCCUUUCUUGUGAUGCCUGUUCUGCAUGGAAAAUGUCCCCUCAGCAUGGCCAGAAGUGAGCACCUUUAUUUGCAAGAAGUCACGCAACACAGAUUUUUGUAUGAUGCGCAACUACAUGCGUCACAAGUUCGCAUCCUUCCAGACAUCCAGGGAUAUUUGCAAUGCAUAUGCUGUUGAAACGACCGAUUUUCUUCUAGUAAAAGGAUUUUAAUAUCGAAACGAAGUAUUUUUUUUGUGUAUGAUCUUGCAAAAAGUGAAAGUCUGUGAAAACCGCAGGAGAUAGUACAGGGAAGAAAAACAAAAAACCAGACGGAAUCUUUAGAGAGCAAGCUACUUUUUAUGCUUCAUCUGCGUUGUUUCGAUCGAU